GGCCCCGGCCGCCUGCGCCGGCGCGCGGCGCCUUUGUGAGCGCGGCGGGCGGCGGAGAUCCAGUCCCGGGCCCGCCAGCGUGCGCCCCGAGCGAGGAGGCGGUGAGCAGGGGCGGGCCCGGGGCCAGGGGACGGCGUGGGAGGACGCGACCGUGCGACCAGGGAGAGCGCGCCCGCGUGCCGUGCUCUCGGCUGAGGCUGAGUGUGACUCCGUGUGUGACAGUGUGACUCCGCGCCAGCGCGCCCGGGCCGUGCUCGCAGCUGAGGCUCUAUUUUCUCAGGACACUGCCCUUCUUCCAGAGAGGAGUUUGAAGGAGAAGGACAGAAGAACUGUCAUAAACUCUUAAAAGUCUUAAAGCCAUGUCAAAGGAUUUGGUGACUUUUGGGGAUGUGUCUGUAAGUUUCACUCAAGAGGAAUGGGAAUGGCUGAAUCCCACUCAGAGGACUUUGUACAGGAAGGUCAUGUUGGAGAACUACAGGAGCCUGGUAUCACUGGCAGGGAUUUCUUUUUCUAAGCCAGAUGUGAUCUCAUUAUUGGAGCAAGGAAAAGAGCCCUGGAUGGUGAAGAAGGAGAGAACAAGAGGAACAUGCCCUGAUUGGGAGCAUCUAUUUAAAAACAGUGACUUUUCAUCAAAGCAAGAUGUUUAUCAAGAAUCAGCCAAAGUAGUGACAAUGGGAAGAAGCCAUCUCACUCAGAGCCUUGUUUGUCCCAAUUUGAAAGACUGUGAAAGUGAGGGCUGGUUUAAGAACAAGGUGGGAAGUCAGGAGAUACUCUCUGAUCAAUUGAUCAUCACUCAUGAAGGAAUCCUCCCUGAAGAUCAAAGUAAUGAGUGCAAUAGAUCUUGGGAAACAUUCAAUCUGGAUGCAAGACUAGAUUCACAUCAGAGGUUCCCCACCAAAGAAAGAGUACAUAAAUGUGAACCACAAAAGAGACGUUAUCGAAAAAAAUCUGUUGAAAUGAAACAUAAGAAGGUCUAUGUAGAAAAGAAACUUUUGAAAUGUAAUGAAUGUGAGAAAGUCUUCAAUCAGAGUUCAUCCCUUACUCUCCAUCAGAGAAUUCAUACUGGAGAGAAACCCUAUGCAUGUGUUGAAUGUGGGAAAACCUUCAGCCAGAGUGCAAACCUUGCUCAACAUAAGAGAAUACAUACUGGGGAGAAGCCUUUUGAAUGUAAAGAAUGUCGGAAGGCCUUCAGCCAGAAUGCACACCUAGCUCAACACCAGAGAGUGCAUACUGGAGAGAGACCUUAUCAGUGUCAAGAAUGUAAAAAAGCCUUCAGCCAGAUUGCACACCUGACUCAACACCAGAGAGUUCAUACUGGAGAGAGACCUUUUGAAUGUAUUGAGUGUGGAAAGGCCUUUAGUAAUGGUUCAUUUCUUGCUCAACAUCAGAGAAUUCACACUGGAGAGAAACCUUACGUAUGUCAUGUGUGUGGGAAGGCCUUUAGUCAUCGUGGAUACUUAAUUGUACAUCAGAGAAUUCAUACAGGAGAGAGACCCUAUGAAUGUAAGGAAUGUAGGAAGGCCUUCAGCCAGUAUGCACACCUAGCUCAACACCAGAGAGUUCAUACUGGAGAGAAGCCUUAUGAAUGUAAAGUAUGUAGGAAAGCCUUCAGUCAGAUUGCAUACCUUGAUCAGCACCAGAGGGUUCAUACUGGAGAGAAGCCCUAUGAAUGUGUGGAAUGUGGGAAGGCCUUUAGCAAUAGUUCCUCACUUGCACAACAUCAGAGAAGUCAUACUGGAGAAAAACCUUAUAUGUGCAAGGAAUGUAGGAAAACAUUCAGCCAGAAUGCAGGCCUUGCUCAACAUCAGAGAAUUCAUACUGGAGAGAAACCUUACGAAUGUAAUAUCUGUGGGAAAGCCUUUAGCUAUAGUGGAUCACUUACUCUGCAUCAGAGAAUCCACACUGGGGAAAGACCCUAUGAAUGUAAAGAUUGCAGGAAGUCCUUCAGACAGCGUGCACACCUCGCUCACCACGAGAAAAUCCACACUAUGGAGACUUUCUUGGCCCUUUCUUCUCACUCACCCUCCACAUCUAAUCACUUACCAAGACCUGUAGGUUUUAUCUCCUAAAUAUGUACAGAAGCUGACCCAUUUAAUGCAUUUCCACUAAAUCAUCCUUAUCCAGUACAUACAAUCUGUUGAAUAUGGAAAUAGCUUUCUGUGAGUCUCCGUGUGUGCACCAUUGCCUUUCCAUCCUCAGCCUUUCUGCCAAACUUGUAUUUUAAAAAAAGUGUUGAUUACAUCAUUCCUCAUUAAAUCCCUCAGUGACAUCCCAUAGUUCUCAGCACACCUCUCAAAGUAACCUAAAAAGCCUCUGCCCUCCCUCAUCCAAUACUUUAUCCCAGACUACCUUCCAAAACCCUCUCAUUCCCUGAAUAUGGACUCAGAAUUCAGUACUCAUUCCGACAGCCAGUAGAUCUGGGCUCCAAUCCUUAAUCUUCCAUUUUCUAGUCCUAAUUUUGAGGAAGCAGUUUAUCCUUUGUAAACUUAAGUCUUAUUUAUAUUGUAGGAAUAAUAAUGAUACUACCUCAAAAGUUAAUGAGAGAAUUAAAUAAUGCAUGUAAAUUGCUCAGCACAGUGCCUAGCAUAAAGUAAUAACUAUUAAUGUAAAAUUAAAGACCAUGGCAUACAAAGAAGAGCUGUUCAUCUUCACCAUAACGAAGCAGCAGCUUAGGCUAAGGGAUCUGUGAGACCUUUUCAUUAGGAAUAGCAGUGUAGGUGGUGAGAUCUAAUGCAAUGCAAUUGUCAUUAGUCUCUGCUCUAGGGUAACAUGGUGACUAACUUCAGCAUGAAGAGGUGUAGAUCCAUGAUUAUUGACAAGAAAGA